AAAUAAAAUUAAAGAGGGAAAUUUUGAUAAGAUUACCGAAGCAGUGGUUGUGGUUGUGUUGAAGCAUUACCAAAUAAUGGCGUCUUCCUCUGCGAUGUUAUCAUCUUCUCUUCUUCCGGCCAGAGCUCCGACUGGUAACCGUCAAGACGGCCGACUCUGUCUCUUUCAAAUUGGUUCAGUCCGUGCCAACAACAGCAGGGCUCGUGUCCCUUUUAGGGUUCAGGCCGCAAAGCUUCCGGCUGGAGUUGAAUUGCCAAAAGUAGAGCCGAAAUUUGAAGCCCCGUUUCUUGGAUUCACUAAAACUGCUGAAAUCUGGAAUUCCAGAGCCUGCAUGAUGGGCCUCGUUGGGAUUUUCAUAGUAGAGCUGAUUUUGGACAAAGGAAUACUUCAGGUGAUUGGAGUUGAUGUUGGUAAAGGCCUAGAUCUUCCUCUAUGAUUUCCAGAAAACUUGUAAUCAUCUUGAGAUCCUCUGUUCUUUCAUUCAAAAUUGUAACUGUAACAGAGCACUUUCAACUGUAUCAGAGAAUUCUACAAUCUUCAAGUUCUUAAACUUCAAAAGUUUUUACAUAACAUCGUCAGUGUAGAGAAUA